CUGGCGGGCGAUAUCGCGGUCAGUUUCGAAUUCUUCCCGCCGAAGACCGCGAAGAUGGAGGAGACGCUCUGGGACAGCGUGAAGACGCUGGAGCCGCUCGGCCCGCGCUUCGUCUCCGUCACCUAUGGCGCCGGCGGCUCGACCCGGGAGCGCACCCACGCCACCGUCGCCCGUAUCCAGCGCGAGACCAGCCUGCAGGCCGCGGCCCAUCUCACCUGCGUCGAGGCGAGCAAAGGCGAGAUUGACGACAUUGCCCGCGCUUAUUGGGAUGCCGGCAUUCGCCAUAUCGUCGCCCUGCGCGGCGAUCCGCCCGAGCAGGGCAAGGCCUUCGCCCCGCAUCCGGACGGCUAUGCCAAUGCCGCGGCCCUGGUCGAAGGGCUGAAGAAAGUCGCGCCGUUCGAACUGUCGGUCGCCUGCUAUCCCGAAUGCCAUCCGGACGCGGAUUGCCAGCAGUCCGAUCUCGACAAUCUCAAGCGCAAGAUCGACGCGGGCGCUGAUCGGGCGAUCAGCCAGUUCUUCUUUUCAGCCGACUGCUUCUUCCGCUUCCGCGACGCGGCUGCCGCCGCCGGGAUCGACGCGGAGAUCACGCCG